AUGUCCGAUUUUCCAUCUGCCCGCUUCACUCUCGUCCGAUUCUCUCUCUGUCCGCUUCUCCCUCUACCCGCUUCUCUCCCUGUCCGCUUCUCCCUCUGUCCGCUUCUCUCUCUGUCCAAUUCUCUCUCUGUCCGCUGCUCCCUCGACCCGCUUCUCUCCCUGUCCGCUUCUCCCUCCGUCCGCUUCUCUCUCGGUCCGAUUCUCUCUCUGUCCGCUUCUUCUCCGUCCCCUUUUUGUCCGUCCGCUUCUCUCACAAACCGCUUCUCCCUCUGUUCGAUUCUCGCUCUUCUCACCCUCUGCUCCUCUCACGGUCUGCGCCUCUCAUGGUCCGCCCCUCAAACGGUCUGCUUCUCUGUUCCGCUUCUCUCUCUGUCCGCUGCUCCAUCUGUCCGCUCACCUCUCGGUCCACUCUGUCUGCUCACCUCUCCGUCCGCUCACCUCUCUGUCCACUCACCUCUCCGUCCGCUCACCUCUCUGUCCGCUCACCUCUCUGUCUGCUCAUCUCUCUGUCCGCUCAUCUCUCUGUCCGCUCAUCCCUCUGUCCGCUCAUCUCUCUGUCCGCUCCUCUCUCUGUCCGCUCCUCUUUCUGUCCCCUCCUCUCUCUGUCCGCUCCUCUCGAUGUCCGCUUCUCUCUAUGUCCGCAACUCUAUCUGUCCGCUUCUCUCUCUGUCCGCUCCUCUCUCUGUCCGCUCAUCUCUCUGUCCGCUCCUCUCUCUGUCCGCUCCUCUCUCUGUCCGCUCCUCUCUCUGUCCGCUCCUCUCGAUGUCCGCUUCUCUCUAUGUCCGCAACUCUAUCUGUCCGCUUCUCUCUCUGUCCGCUUCUUUCUCUUUCCGCUUCUCUUCCUGUCCGCUUCUCUCUCCAUGUCCAAAUCAUCUGUCUGCUUCACUCUCCCACCGGUUCUCCCUCCGUCCGCUGCUGUAUCUUUCCGCUUUUCCCUCUACCCGCUUCGCUCUCUGUCCUCUUAUCCCUAUGUUCGCUUCUCCCUCCUCUCUCGGUCUGCUCCUCUCACGGUCUGCUCCUCUCACGGUCUGCUCCUCUCACGGUCUGCUCCUCUCACGGUCUGCUCUUAUCACGGUCGGCCUGUCAGAAGACGAACUGGUGUGUCCAUUUAUAAUCUCAAGUGACGAGACGCUGCUUAGUGGGAACGAGCGUUUGAAGGCGUGGCCCUUCAGAGACUUCUGCAGUGACGCUGUGAACCUCACCUCCCCACAUGCUGCACCCCACUUCCCCACAUGCAGCACCCCACUUACCCACAUGCAGCACCCCACUUCCCCCCAUGCAUGCAGCACCCCACUUCCCCACAUGCAGCACCCCAAUUCCCCUCAUGCUGCACCCCACUUCACCACAUGCAGCACCCCACUUCCUCAAAUGCAGCACCCCACUUCCCCACAUGCCCAUGCAGCAUCCCACUUCCCCACAUGCAGCACCCCACUUCCCCACAUGCAGCACCCCACUUCCCCACAUGCAGCACCCCACUUCCCCACAUUCUGCACCCCACUUCCCCACAUGCUGCACCCCACUUCCCCACAUGCAGCACCCCACUUCCCCACAUGCUGCACCCCACUUACCCACAUGCAGCACCCAACUUACCCACAUGCAGCACCCCACUUCCCCAGCAGCACCCCACUUCCCCCCAUGCAGCACCCCGCUUACCCAGAUGCAGCAUCCCACUUCCCCACAUGCAGCACCCCACUUCCCCACAUGCAGCACCCCACUUCCCCACAUGCAGCAUCCCACUUCCCCACAUGCAGCACCCCACUUCCCCACAUGCAGCACCCCACUUACCCACAUGCAGCACCCCACUUCCCCACAUGCAGCACCCCACUUCCCCCCAUGCAGCACCCCACUUACCCACAUGCAGCACCCCACUUCCCCACAUGCAGCACCCCACUUCCCCCCAUGCAGCACCCCGCUUACCCACAUGCAGCACCCCACUUCCCCACAUGCAGCACCCCACUUCCCCCCAUGCAGCAGGCCACUUACCCACAUGCAGCACCCCACUUCCCCACAUGCAGCACCCCACUUCCCCACAUGCAGCACCCCACUUCCCCACAUGCAGCACCCCACUUCCCCACAUGCAGCACCCCACUUCCCCCCAUGCAGCAGGCCACUUACCCACAUGCAGCACCCCACUUCCCCACAUGCAGCACCCCACUUCCCCACAUGCAGCACCCCACUUCCCCACAUGCAGGACCCCACUUCCCCCCAUGCAGCACCCCACUUCCCCACAUGCAGCACCCCACUUACCCACAUGCAGCACCCCACUUCCCCACAUGCAGCACCCCACUUCCCCACAUGCAGCACCCCACUUCCCCCCAUGCAGCACCCCACUUCACCACAUGCAGCACCCCACUUCCCCACAUGCAGCACCCCACUUCCCCACAUGCAGCACCCCACUUCCCCCCAUGCAGCACCCCACUUACCCACAUGCAGCACCCCACUUCCCCACAUGCAGCACCCCACUUCCCCACAUGCAGCACCCCACUUCCCCACAUGCAGCACCCCACUUCCCCACAUGCAGCACCCCACUUCCCCACAUGCAGCACCCCACUUCCCCACAUGCAGCACCCCACUUCCCCACAUGCAGCACCCCACUUCCCCCCAUGCAGCACCCCACUUCCCCUCAUGCAGCACCCCACUUCCCCACAUCAUUUACAUCCCUCACCCACAUGCUCCAUCCCAUUUAACCAGAUGCUGCACCUCCCUUCCCCCAUUGCUACUCCGCUCCAAACCACUCCUUACACCCAUAUCAACCACGCCACAGGCUGCGGCACAGGGUCAUCCCAUCUUAACAGCAACGUCGAGCACCGUCUCCUUGCCCCAUGGUCAGGACAAGCUACUAGGGGCGGAUGUGUGGCGCAGCUAUAA